AUUCUCCAGAGCCCGUUAGUACACGCCCCUCCUUUUCGGCAGCGGAAGCCACGCCCUCUUGUUCAUCAUGGCUCCUGCGGCGGACAGACAUGGUUACUGGGGAGCUCCAACCUCAACAUUGGACUGGUGUGAAGAAAAUUAUGUCGUCUCAUAUUACAUCGCAGAAUUCUAUAACACAGUCAGUAAUCUCAUUAUGAUCCUUCCACCGAUUUAUGGGGCGUUCCAGUUGUUUAAAAACGGAUUUGAGUUCCGCUACAUUUUGUCCUUUUUGGGACUUGCAGCUGUUGGCAUCGGCUCAUGGUGCUUCCACAUGACGCUAAAAUACGAAAUGCAGCUGCUAGAUGAGCUGCCAAUGAUCUACAGCUGCUGCAUUUUCGUUUACUGUUUAUAUGAAUGCUUCAAGCAAGAGAAUGCAGUUAGCUAUUUGCCAAUUGCACUCCUCCUCAUCUUCAGUGUUACAGUCAGUGUGGUGUAUUUGCAGUGGAAGGAACCAGUAUUUCAUCAGGUCAUGUAUGCAGUGCUGGUGGCUUUUUUAGUGUUUCGCUCGAUUUUCAUAGUAACAUGGGUGUAUCCAUGGAUGAGAGAGCUGUGCUACACCUCCUUAUCCGUCUUCCUGUUGGGAUUUGUUUUAUGGAACAUUGAUAAUAUAUUCUGUGACUCUUUAAGAGCCACAAGACAGAAGCUGCCCCCUGUAGUCGGAGCAGUGACACAGCUCCAUGCAUGGUGGCACAUUCUGACAGGACUCGGCUCCUACUUGCACAUUCUACUCAGUCUUCAGAUUCGGACCACCUACCUCAAGUACAGACCGAAAUUAAAGCUUGUAUGUGGCUUAUUGCCUGUGCUGCACAUCGAGUCCCAGAAGACAAGUUGAAGGAAUGUUGAGGGGAUGAGCUCACGGAUCACAGAGCUCGAGCGCUUCAAAGCCCAGCCAUUUGCCUCCAGCCUGAUCGGGGAAGUGAGCAGCAGCUGGCUGUACCCUCAAUCCCCUUCAGUUUGAAAGUGUAGUUUGUACUUCCCAUGUUAUGGAAAAUGCUCAGAUUGUAUUGAUUAAUCAUUGAUUAGAUCAGACAUUUGUGGAAGGAGACAGCACAGCCGCUUAAUUUCUGUCAAGUACGUUACUUAUCCGCUGCCACACACUCAUGUGAGACCUGAAUUACGUUCAGACUAGCAAGCGACACAACAAUAGCUGGCUGUAAAAAAAGAAAUUAUAUACAGACAUUACUGACAUAAAAAGAUAUUCAUCUGCCUGUGUUGCUCGUACAUACUUAAGCAUGUAACAUAAACCAAACUUAAUAAUAUUAAUAAAUCAUAUAGUGUUAUAUAGAUUUUGUUUUGGCAUCUAUCAUUUCUCUAAAGAGACUUGUCGCUUGCUAGUGUGAAAGCUAAUGAAUGGAGAUCAUGGUCAGUGCCUGAUUUUAUUAUUUGUUAUUAUUUUUCACAUGUAUCUACCUUGGAAUGAUGUUAAAACUUGAUAUUGAUUGCAAGCAUUAUAUAUAUUUUCAUUAUUUGCUUAAUCAUUAAUAUAUAUUUUUGCUCUGCUUCCAAAUCAUGACGCAUCACUAUUUACAAAAAAAAAAAAAAAAAAAAAGAAUAUUUUUUCCUGGUCUCUGCUCUGGCUAAGUUUAUGAUUAAGUGUUUAGCUUUUUUUUAAGGAUCAUAAAAGGUGAAUUUAAAAGGGUCUUGAGAUUAGUGAUGGCUUGAUGCUAAUCUUAUGGGGGGGAAAAAAAGUCAAAUUCUUUAACUGGAAUUGAUUGUUGUAUUAGCUUGUUUUUUUGGGGGGAUACUGGAUCCUCAUUUUUGAAGGAAUUGACUGAAUGAAUGAAUUUCACAUUGUGCUAAUUACUGUAAACAAAUUUCAUAGUGUUGUCUUGAUGAAUGUACAGGCAUUUGUUUUACUUAAAAUUAGGGAUGCAUUCAUACUUAUAUCAGUAUCAGAUAUCGAUCAGAAAUUGAACGUGAAAUAUUGCGACUUCAUGCGCACGCACUUCCUCUCUGCGAGCACUGAGACACCCCCCAUGUUACGAGGGUUUUAAUCAUCAGGCUUGCUAAGAAUUACCACUUUUGCCAUGACGUAAAAAUUGAGUUAAUUUCAAAAAGCUCAGCAACUACCAACAUAAAUAAAGCUGAAUGUUCCCUGACUCCUCAGACUCUUCAGUUCUCUGUCAGUUACUCAUUUCCUUUUCGGGCUCAUAGUAUUUUGAAGCUCGAGCUCCGUCUUAAUGGUAUUGAUGCAUCCCUAAUUUUAUUUAACAAUGUUAUUGAUUCCUAUAUGUGAUGAUCAUUAAUUUUGCUGUUGUUAUUGUGAUUUUUGUAUUUAUUUACAUUACUGGUCCCGGAAGUAUUUUAUGAAGGACCACUUGCCUGUGAAGUGGCACAUAAUUUUCUGUGGGAAAAGCAGGCUUUAAGCGAUCCAUCAAUUUCAUCAUCCUUCUAAACACUAAGAAGUGAAUGAUAGUCAUUUGGAGCGCAAUUUUAGAAAAUCAAGCAUUUAUCUAUCUUUGUCAAUACCCUACUCUAUGCACAAUAACAUCAUUUUUGGGAAUGACUCUGCUCAUACCCGCACAUUGACGUAUGGACCCGACACGAGCUGCACAUCUAAAGGGAAUCGUUUAUUCUCGCUCUUCGGAGUAGCACCGAGUUCCACAAACACAUUCUGCAUACACCGUUUUACCUCUGGGUGAACUUGUAUUCGUUUACUUAAACUAUCAAUGUGAAUUGUUGACAAUGAUAAUAGAUGUACCACGUCUACGUUUUUUUUGUUCUGUUCAGUGAAUGUCGUUGUGUGUUACAUGUAUACAUCUGUGUGUUACUGCAUCACUAUAUGAAGCUGAAGUGUAAUAUUGAACAUAUUUGUAUGUUGCUGCUUUGGUUAGAGUGGACCUGCUGAUAUUAUCAAGUGUGCCUUAGACGUAGUCCUAUUGGACUUGAUAUUACCAUAUACUAUCUAUACAUACAGUUGUCUUGAAUGUCAAAUGCUAGUUCCUGUAUGUUAUUCUCAUUGUAAUGUCAUAUAAGGCAAAAAGAACAAACAAGGAACUAGUGCCAAUACGGUUCCUGUGCCAUUUUAUGACAGCAUCGAUCGACUACCUUAUUUACUUCUGUAAAAUCAUUAAGCAUACCAUGUUGAAACCACUGCACAAGUUUUUGUCUUGAUGCUUCAUUUACCUGCUGAAUGUUGAGUCAUUUAGGAAUUAUGUUAUUAAAGUCAGUGUCAGUGGUG